AACAUACAAAAAUUCUUGCUGACGGUACACAUGCAAUGUGUUAUGGGCUGGGCUCCUGUCCUUCACAAACAUUGCCUUGCGGUUGGCAAAUAUAAACCCAAGAGUUUCCCCAACGCUUCUCUGAUAUGUCAUUAGUUUUGUAUUCUUCACUUUUUCCAUCCAGAGGUGUUUGAACUUUCAGCAUGACACUGGUAUUAGCACUUUUGCUUUGUAUGUUUUUGGGGACGCAUGGUUUCAACAAACAGUAUCCUAUUGAACCUCAGCCCAACUUUGAUCUGGAGAAAUUUUCAGGUGAAUGGUACCGUAUUGGACUUGCAGAUGAGUCAGAGCUGUUUGCAAAGUACAAAAACUACCUGAAGCUUUCUAAAGGUCUUCUGGUACCAGAUAACAAUGGAAAUGUGAACCUGACCAUGUGGACCAUGAGACCAUAUGGAUGCUCCGUCAGUGUUUAUUCAUACGAGAAGACAGAUGUUCCUGGAGAGUUCACUUACUUUAGCCAAAGGCACAAGAUAACAAAAGACGUCACGAUAGUGGAGACCAAUUACACUGAUUAUAGUUUGGCCCUUAAAUACAAGAACAUGGACAAAGAGUACACUCAAGUAGCUCUUUAUGGACGGUCAUCUAUACUAAGACCCGAUCUAAUUGAGAAAUUCAGAUCUUUUGCUUUAUCUCUGGGCUUUUCUGAGGAGGCCAUUUUCGUCCCAGCAGAUCUUGAUCCCUGCCCUAUCCUAGAACCAAGGUAUGGAUUUACCACUUCCUCAUAUAAAUGAGAGACUGGGGCUUGUUGUCUGUAUAUGCCUACAAAAAGCAAAACAUUCCAACGUAAUUGCUCAAAAAAUAACAUAUAGUUAAUUUACAGUGGGGUAUGUUGUCACACUAGACUGGUAAACCUGUGUAAUAGUGAUGGAGAUUUUACAAUGGCUCUUAUUAUUACAUCCUUACACCAGUAGGUGGCGACAAGUGACCGUCUUUAUGAGUGAGUCAGUGAAUCAAAUGAUUCGUUCAAAACAUACUGAUUCACUAAACGAAACGGUUGAUUCUGAUGUGAAUGUGUUUGGUAGUUGGAAGCAUUCUCGUUGGCUGAGCAAAACAGACAAAGUAACCGGUAAUAUUGUGUAUAAAAUGUAAGUUACACAAUAUUAACUUAUUGUUUAUUGUACUAUUCUGUAAAUGCAAUAUCACACUGGGAAUCAUGCUGGUCUGAAUAUCAGCAUGUGGGCUAUGGCUAAAUUGAAGUAAUGCUGUUAUUCAGAACAACAUGUUUUGAAAUUGAUGUUUAAAACCAACAUACAACACUACUGUAGAAGCACGUUUGUGUAGCUGAUGUUUCAGAAAACCUUAUCGCUACAAGCACUUGUGACAACUAGCCCCAGUCUCCCUGUUGCUGAAAUACAUGGGUCUAUAAUGUGACGUUGUUGAUGUAAAACCCAUGAAAAGCCUUGUUUUAUCAAAUCUAAAAUAUACACCACUGUUCACUCACCUGCAGGAAUACAGCAGAAUUCAGAGAGGACAAAUCUGCACAAACUGUUAAUCAAUCAGUCUUUGCCACUGAGAAUCUUUCUAAAGUGUGAUUGAU